GCUGUCAGUUUCAGUUCCCAAUUUUCAGUUCUCAGUGCGGUUCGUGUAUGGGCUCUGUGUCUGUUUUGUUAAAAAUAAGAUUGAUGUAUCUAAACAUUUUUCAUUUCAUUCUCUAUCUAUUUUAUCAUUUCAAGUGAAGUUGUCAAAGUGAAUUUAUUUCUUUCACAUCAAAGAUGAAAUUCGCAGAACAUUUAUCCGCCCAUAUAACACCCGAAUGGAGAAAACAAUACAUUAACUAUGAGGAAAUGAAAGCUAUGCUCUAUGCAGCUGUGGAGCAAGCACCCUCGGCUGAGUUGGUUGAUCCAGAGAUUCUCACCCGUUACUUUGCCAAAUUCGACGAACAGUUCUUCCACUACUGUGACAAAGAACUGGCUAAGAUCAAUACAUUUUACUCGGAAAAAAUGGCCGAAGCCACCCGUAAAUAUGGAAACCUACGAAGUGAACUCACCGAAGCUCUUGAAGUUGGCUAUGUUAAAAAACAACCAGCUUGGAAGACAAAAAAUCCCCUGGGAAAGAAGAACGUACCAGCACGCAAAAUUCAAGAUCUUAAAUUGGCUUUUAGUGAAUUUUAUUUGGGUCUAAUUUUACUGCAAAAUUAUCAGAAUCUGAAUUUCACGGGCUUCCGGAAGAUUUUGAAGAAACACGAUAAACUGCUGAGUGUUGACUGUGGUGCAAAAUGGCGCAAGAAUAAAGUGGAACUAUCGCAUUUCUAUGUCAACAAGGAUAUAGACCGAUUGAUCCAAGAGACUGAGACUGCAUUCACUCAUGAAAUCGAAGCAGGAGACAGACAGAAGGCCAUGAAACGAUUGCGGGUGCCUCCUUUGGGCGAGCAGCAGAGCCCUUGGACUACAUUUAAAGUGGGACUUUUUUCGGGAGCUUUUGUAGUCUUAUUAAUAACUGUAAUUCUAUCGGCCAUAUUCCAUGGCCUGGGACCAAAUUGGAGAUCAGCGUUGAGAUUGUUCCGUGGGCCGUUUCUCAUCAUCGAGUUUCUGUUUCUGUGGGGUGUCAAUGUUUAUGGCUGGAGAUCGUCGGGUGUUAACCAUGUCCUGAUUUUCGAGCUUGAUCCAAGAAACCAUUUGUCCGAACAGAAUAUCAUGGAAAUGGCUUCCGUGUUCGGAGUUUUGUGGACAAUCUGUGCACUCUGUUUUAUAUACUUCGAUGCACUUGGUAUACCUCAGUUCGCUGCACCAAUAUUCCUCUAUACCGCCAUGACUGUGUUUCUCUUAAAUCCCACCAAAACAUUUCAUCACGAAGCGCGGUACUGGGCGGUUCGAGUUCUAAGUCGAAUUGUAAUGGCACCUUUCUUUUAUGUGACCUUUGCUGACUUUUGGCUUGCGGACCAACUUAAUAGUAUUGUGCCGGCGUUUUUGGACAUUCCAUUUGCAUUGUGUUUCUUCCGAAAUAAUCCAAAUUGGGAACAUGCUAAAGAUACCGCCUCGUGUAUUAAGGAUGAAUCUGUUGUUCGACCGAUAGUUGCAAUAUUGCCAGCAUGGUUUCGAUUUGCCCAAUGCAUUCGUCGAUAUCGUGAUACCAAAGAGUCUUUUCCUCAUCUUGUGAAUGCCGCAAAGUAUGCAACAUCUUUCUUCGUGGUUAUAUUUUCGUAUAAAUUUCAAUCAACAAAUGAUAUGUAUUCCUCAUCAAAGGACAAUCCAUGGUUCUAUUGCUGGAUUGGAGCAUCCAUUGCUUCCUCUUGCUAUGCAUACUGUUGGGACAUAAAAUUUGACUGGGGACUAUUCGAUGCCAAAGCUGGAGAUAAUAAAUUCCUCCGGGAAGAAAUUGUUUACUCUUCUACAUGGUUCUACUAUUUUGGAAUACUCGAGGACUUUGUUUUACGAUUUGGAUGGACCCUUUCCAUGAGUCUCAUUGAAUAUGGUUACAUUGAGAGUGAAAGCAUGGUGACUCUGCUAAGUCCGUUGGAGGUGUUUAGGCGUUUUAUGUGGAACUAUUUUCGACUGGAGAAUGAACAUCUCAACAAUUGUGGAAAAUUCAGGGCAGUCCGGGAUAUAUCGGUGGCUCCUCUAGAUUGCUCAGAUCAGACAACAAUACUGCGUAUGAUGGAUGAAGAGGAUGGUGUUGUGAAUCGCCGGUUGAAAACAAAAAACAACAAAAAGAAGUCAGAACCACGCUUCAUGCUGCAGGGUGAAUCAACAGAAGACCUUUAUAUCUAAAUGGUUUUUUUUUGUAUACAAAAGGCACCUUUACCGCGGUCUUUGAUGGGAGAAAGACUUUUCCUUAUAUUUCCUUGGAAAGGGACAUUUUAAUUGAGCUGCCAUAACAGAAUAAGAUGACCGGAAGUAAAUUUUUCUAGUCAAUAUGUUUUUCGUUUUAGUUUGAAAUUUAAAAUAAGUCAAGUGGAAAUAGAUCACUGUUUGAACUUUAUUAAGGGGGUAUUCUGGUCUAGAGACAUGAAUUUUAGGUAAUUUUUGAAGUGCUGUAGAAAAAAGCAAGCAAUAAUUUUAGCAUCUAUUUUUUUGUACAUUAUUUAUUCACAUUAAAAGCAUGCAAAAAAAAAUAAAAAAGUAAAAAAAAAAAUCAAAAUUCCGUUAGUUAUCAGCUGAUGGAGUGGUGCGUCUUAAAAAUUUGGUGCGUGACCAUACCCAUGAUUUUAACUCUCCUAGAAAUCUGAAAUCAAAAACUAAAAAAGAUUAUUAAUCUACAAUAAUGUCGCAAUGUCUGGAACUACGGAAAAGUUACAAACAUUUUUUUUUACAAAAUGGCGGCUGUCUAAAGAAAAAUACAAAAAAAUUACCAUUUUUUUGAACAUUCUUCGAUUUGUUAAAAAUAGUAAAAACUAAAAUUUGGGGAUGGCCGUAGUUCCGGACGUAGACAAGUCACUAAAGAAGACUCUCUUAAAAUUUCAAGUAAAUCGGUUCGGCAGAACCUGAGAAAUAGUGGGUAUCAGAUUCAAAAAGACAGUUCUGAGAAAAACGCGUUUAAAGUACUCCAUUAUGUCUUUUGUUCUAUUAGUUGCAGCCCAACCGAUUUGGGUGGCUGCUCAGCAAAAUACUUAUUUCUCCGAAAAUAAUUUGAAUUUGGGAAAAUCCUCUCAUAGACAUGUUCUUAAAUAGUUAAACUAUGAAAAUAUGAAAAGAAAAAAAAAUCGAUUUUUUUUAAUUUCUAGACCAGAAUACCCCCUUAAGUUUUGUGUUUUGUAAUUUUUUAAUGUAUUUUUUUAUUGAUAAUAUAUUCAUGGAUUUUAUUACUGUUGGACUUGCUAAUUUUACGAUUUAUAUGCAAAUAUACAUGGCUGUUUAUUCAAUGUUGUUAUUAA